AGUUUCUAGAUACAGUCAAGUACACACGUAACAAUUUUUUAAGAAAAUAAAUUAAAUAAGUUUGUUUUCAAUAUUGUUAGAAGUUUUCUGCCAAAAUUUGUUGUGAUAAUUCUAUUUACUAUUUUUCGUCAAAAUAUGGGUUGUGCAAAAAGGAGCGAAAAGAAAAAAUAUGCACCUCAGAAAGUUGGACCUAUCACAAAUAACGGCUUUUUGAAUUUCCUGCGUGAAUAUAAACAGCGGCACUGCGGCUUGUCCCCUCGGAAGAUGGUUAGCAGCGGGGCUAAAUCCUGGAAUAAACUAAGCUGCAAGAAGAAGGACGCCUACCGUAAAAUGGGCGAGAAGGCCGGAAAGUCCCGACGACACAAACGUAGUUCCAAGAAAUCCGAUUGCAAGCAAAAGCAUCACUAAACCUACAGUUUACCACGGAGAUUCGUAAAUGUAACAGCAAAAUGCAUUAGCCUUUAUAACUUUAUAUAUUUAAAAGUAAUAUCAAAACAUACUUUGAUUCAAUUCUUAAAAUAUAAAGAGAUUGUGCAAUUCUGAAA